AUGGCCACCACACAGCAUCCAUCAGUCGUGUUUAUCCACGGUGCAUGGCACCUCCCUGAAGGAUUUGACGGCGUCCGAGAAGUUCUCUCGGCCCGGGGGUACCAGACUGAUGCCGUUUCGUUGCCUUCGGUGGGUGCGGAGGUUCCCAAGAAUCUCUCCGAUGACACUGCAGCUGCUCGCCACAUUAUCGAGCAGCGUGUUGAGGAAGGAAAACAGGUUGUUGUUGUCGCACACUCCUACGGUGGUCUGGUUGGCUCCGGUGCUGUCAGGGAUCUAGGCUAUGUGUCACGAAAAGUGGCAGGGAAACAAGGUGGAGUCAUCAUGUUGAUCUACAUGGCUGCAUUCGUUGCUACGAAGGGUUCUGCCGUACUGGAUCUGCUGGGUGGUGCUCCCCCGCCUUGGAUGGACUUUACUGAUAACAACUACAUCCAUCUAUCGAAUGCGGCCAAUGCAGCCACGAUCCUAUACAACGAUCUGUCGCCUGGUGAACAAGAGAAACGCAUCGCCAAGUGGGCACCUAUGUCUAAAGCGGCAUUCCUGGAGCCUGUGUCGCACGAGCCAUGGCUUGAGCUUCCUUGCAUGUAUCUCAUUGCUGAGAAUGACCAAGCCCUUCCUCUUGCUGCACAGGAGGCAAUGGCCAGUAUGUUGGGGACCAACCCAAGCUAUCGCUGUGCUGGAUCUCAUUUUCCAUAUCUUGAUCUGCCAGAGAAGGUGGCGGAUGCGGUUGAGCUUGGAGCCCAGCAGGGUCUCAAACGGUGUUGA